CCCGUCCCGCCCCCCCCGGCCCCAUAGGGAGCUGCUGAGCGGCGCCGUGGGGCGCGGGGGGGGGCGAUGUCCCGUGGGGCGACCGAGGGGACCCCUGCCGCCCCGCCGUCCCCCGGGCGCCCGACGGUCUAUGUGUUGCUGGAGGGGCCCAGCACCCCCGACACCCUCCGGCUGCUCAGCCUGAGCUCCGUGCUGCCUGAGUCAGGGAUCGUGGCUGACAUCGAGUGGGACCCCCCGGGGGUAGACCCCCCCAGCGACCCUCCCGUGGCCCCCCCCUCUGGAGACUCCCCCAGCACCUUCUAUUGUCUCAAGAGCCAACCCCUGCCCCACAGCCCGGGCCCGGCCCCCCCUGCUGCCAUGGCUGCCCCCACCGCGGCUCCCCCCUCAUCGCGGGUGCUGCUGCGGCAGCAGCUGAUGCGGGCACAGGCACAGGAGCAGGAGCAACGUGAGCGAAGGGACCCCCCCCCUGGCCCCUCGCCGGCCCCCGGGCCUUCCCCCGCCAUCGCCGUGGGGGGGCCCCCCCAACCGCGGGCACCCCCCCAUGUGCCCCCUGAGGUGCUCAAGGUCCAGACCCACCUGGAGAACCCGACCCGGUACCACCUGCGAGCGGCGCAGCGGCAGCAGGUCCGGCAGUACCUCACCUCUGCACUGGGCCGCGGGCCCCCCAGCCCCCCUGGGCCCCCCCCGGCCCCCCCCGCACCCCACAGCCCCCUCACCCUGCUCCACAUCGGGCCCGGCUUUGAGAAGGAGAUCGAUGAUGUCAUUGAUGAGAUCAUCAGCCUCGAGUCCAGCUAUGACGAGCUGCUCAGCUUCGGCCCCGCCGAGGGCGGCCUCCAGCUCCCUAGCACGCUCCCGGCCCCUGCGCCCCUGCUGGAGGUGUUCAGCCCCCCCCAGGGAGGCAGCAGCUCCUGCCCGGCCGAGCUGCCCCGCGUCAAGGCCGAGCUUUCAGAAACGGAGGCGAAGGCGUUGCUGAAGGAGCGCCAGAAGAAGGACAACCACAACCUGAUUGAGCGACGCCGACGCUUCAACAUCAAUGACCGUAUCAAGGAGCUGGGGACCCUCAUCCCAAAAUCCAAUGAUCCGGAGAUGCGCUGGAACAAGGGCACCAUCCUGAAAGCCUCAGUGGAUUAUAUCCGGAAGCUGCAGAAGGAGACGCAGCGUUCUCGAGAGCUGGAAUUGCACCAGCAGCGCCUGGAGCAGGCAAACCGGAGCCUCCAGCUCCGGGUCCAGGAGCUGGAGCUGCAGGCACAGCUCCAUGGGCUCCCCCUCAUCCCUCCGCUGGCACCAGCAGCCGAGGGGGGGUGUGAGGAGGCCCCUGGGGGCCCCCCUUUCCCCCCCGGGGGCCCCCCCACGCCCCAGUGCCUCCUAGACCUGGCGGUGGCCGAGGACCUGCCCCCCGGCCUGGGCCUACCCCUGGGGCUAGGUGGGCCAGAUGGGACCUUCGAUGACAUCCUCAUGGACGAGGGGGGGGCUCUGUCCCCUCUCGGACCCCCUGGCGCCCUCCUCGCCUCCCCGGGCCCCUCCCGCGCCUCCAGCCCCCGCAGCAGCCUCAGCAUGGAAGACGAGCCCUGAGCGCUGCCCCUUUAAGACCCUUCAGGUGCGGCCCUUUUAAGG